AUGCCACCUGGCAACGCUUUCGAUGAUGAGGAAGAAGCUUCGGAUGCCAAUUCAGCAGUUCCGGUUGCCAACCAUCAAACCUCUUCCGUUGACAACUCUCCAGUCGAAGAGGAUCCGAGCAAUGGUCAAAGGCCCUCAACACACUCAGGUGCCAGAAACAGCAAUUCUUCACACAACCACGAGCCCCAAGCAAAAGCAUCAGCCAUCGCAGAAUCUGUGUCUACCCCUGCAACUCCAGACUACGAGAAGACAAUUCGCGAAGCCACCACACUGUUGAACAGAGUUCUCCGGCUACUCUAUCCCAGAGCAGGACGACCUGACCACCAAGCAACCGCGACUGGAGAAGUGCUCAUCACACCCGACAGCCCCGAUGAGGCAAGAUCACUUCUUCUACAGGCGAUUGUACUACUCGAAAACCACAGCGGUCAGUCACCAUGGUGGUUGGUUGGACCAGGAAGAAAAGAUGUUCAAAAUACUACCAAGCCAGAGGAGCACGGCGAAGCAAAAAAUAGGAAGCUGGAAGCUGAUGCGGACAAGUUGGAGCUCAUCAUUUUGCGGAUGAAGGUUGGAGAUCUUGAGGAUGAAGUAUACGAGUUGAGGAAGCAGUUACGAGAUGCCGAUAUUGCUUUUGACGAGGAGAGGGAGUCUGGCACAUGGUUGCACUACAGUUAG